AUGAUUGAUACUGGAUUUGGUGAUUUUUUAAUUCCAUCCACUAACUGUACUGAUUCAUUUGACAAUAAAACCAGAUAUAAUCCAGGAAAUGGUUCAUCUUUCAGUACAAGAAAUGAUUUUGGAUUAGUUAAUAAGUUUUCUGAUAUUUAUAGAAUAAAUGAAUUUGAUGGUAUACUCGGGUUGGCCAAAUAUAAUGAAUUUAUAAAGGAGCAUCAAACUAGUUUUUAUGAAGUAUUAGUCGUGAUUUUAAAAAUAAAAGAUUCUCAUUAA